CAAAAUACAUUUUUAAUAUUAAAGUAACUAUUAGAGAGCCUUACCCCGGGCCUGUGUCCAAGAAGGCGAUCACGGUUUUGAAUGUUUGCCCUUUUUGCCGGAUAGGGAAGGGGGUGAGGGGCGCACCUUGACAGCAGGUAAACGCCUUGGAUGGAUGACCAGCCAUUGCGGCCGUGCCUCUCUGUUUCGUCCCGGUGCGGUGACAUCUCCCGUCCCCCGCAAGAUUCUUUAGACGACAACUUUCCGCCCGCACGUGUUCAUUCUCCGGCCCACUCCGCCCAAGCCAGCGUGUUUCUUUGUUACAGACUAUCGGAAGCCUGUCUGGGAGUACGCUUGAUCGGCUUGAGCAAAGUUGCAAGUUGGAAGAGAGACCUGCGAGAGAGUCCCGGUUCCAUGCUUCAAUCGCCGUUGACACGGUGUCAAGUUGUGAGCGAGUCGGGCAUUCCACCGGCACGGUCUGGGCAGUUUAUCCACAGAACGCGUCCGAGGAGGGGGAUACCCCGUUUCUCACAUUCGUGCGCCUCCGCAUUUGCAAUCAGUCAAGGUUGGUCUGCUUCGUCGAGCCCAUCUGCUCCCCCGUCAUCAUCAAGCUUACAGAUUUGCAUAACACUCUUCCUGGGUGCAAGACGGCCUCGGAACAAGAGGCCUCCCAUUUCUCGAGGGAGGAAGAGGGUCGCAUCCGUAAACCCCAUGGGCCAGGCUAGACGGUCCUGGCUCGCGAGGCUGAGAUCUCUACUGGGAGCCUCGGCUCGGAUCGCCUUGAGGAGGCGGAACAUCAUGUCUGAUUGAGAUGACCUCAUCAGGGCCAUCACGGCCGAUAUCCAAAUUGUCACGAGCCCCCCCGAAAAGGACUCGACAGAGGCCCGCAUGCCUCGGAAGGGCGUUCGGUGCAGAGGGCGUCAAAGCUGACACCUGUGCGCUGCAAAACGUGACGACAUCGCAUCAUGCCAGCGUCGCGUCGAGAGGCCGGGC